AUGGUGUACGGAAAAGGGUGCCAUUUGCCUAUGGAGUUAGCACAUCGGGCAUAUUGGGCGAUUAAAAUGGUGAAUGCAAAUUAUGACGAAGCGGGUCGAGUGCGAAAGCUACAAUUGAAUGAGAUUGAGGAAAUACGGGAUCAAGCCUAUGAGUGUGCAUCCGCAUAUAAAGACAAACUGAAGAAAGUUCAUGACGCAAAAAUAAAGAAAAAGAACUUCGAAGUGGGUCAAAAGGUGUGGUUGUAUAAUUCAAGGUUGAAGAUGUUCGCGGGAAAACUCAAAAGCAAGUGGAUGGGCCCUUACGUCAUUCGAAGAGUGGGGAGGUUUGGAGAUGUCGACAUACAAGAUGAACAAACCAAUAAGCAACAAACGGUGAACGGGCAUCGGCUCAAACCGUAUUUGGAAGGUAACGACAUCAACCAUCUUGAGCUUGACAAAGUGGGUUACAUUCUACUCCCAUUGGAUGACGAAGAAACUUGGAAGAGGUCCAGGUUUGGUGUUUGUACAUAUUUAGUUUAG